AUGUUAGACGAACCGUCGCGACAGCCAACACUCUGCUCCUUUCCUCCGAAUUUUUCGAUCUCUUGGUCUACUCGCUUCCAUCGAAGCAACUUACCGAUAUGGUUGGGGUGGCUGGAAGGUCGAAAGCAUGUCAUACGUGCAAGCAAAGACGGAUGGCUGUCAGUCGCAACAAUCAGACGAUGCGAUGCAAAGAGGCCACAGUGUAGCCAAUGUAUCAAGUCCAAAAGAGUAUGUGCUGGCUACCAGCGCGAGAUGAUCUUUGUUGAAGCGGUCGUCGUUGGGACUCGAUCUACACCCAAGAAACCCUCCCCAGCCAGUACAGUCUUUCGUCCGGAAACGAUCAAAGCUCUCAGUACUAGUCGAUGUAAGGCACCAAAGCAAUUGCCUACUCUUUGCAACGAUACUUCUAUAUCCACCAACAGCGGUCACGCAAGUAACGGCAUACCCAUGGACAAUGAUACAUUCUGUCAAGCCCAAUUUCGCAAGCAACUACUCAGUGCCUACAUAUCUUCCUACAUCCCAGAGUUCGUUUUAGGAACCUCCAACGGCAAACCUUGGCUCAUGAGCUUGCCAGAAGUUUCUUCACCUACCAAAGCUUUAGAAGUGUCAACUGCUGCGCUGUGUACUGCAAGGCUUGCUUUUAUCAGUGGCAAUGAUUCGUUGGCAGCCGAGAGCAGGAUACUGUACGGUUCGGGGUUGAAAGAGCUCCAGCAUGCCCUGUGGGAUGAAUCCCAGAUGUACAGGGAUGAAACACUUGCGGCUUGCAUGAAUCUAGCUUUCUACGAGCUCACAGAGUGCCCCGGAAAAAGUAGAUAUGGUUACCUCAAUCACCAUAGCGGCCUCGCGACCUUGGUCCAGCUUCGCGGCCCUGGUGCAUUCAUGAGUGGGCUUGCUCAUGAUGUUUUCUCUCUCUUUCGCGUCCAAGCUAUUUUGUCCGCGCUUCGGGAACAUAGAACUACCUAUCUAUCGUCUUCUGAGUGGAUUCAAUCACCCUGGAGCAUUAACGCUAAAAGUCCCAUCGAUCAGCUUGUAGACUUCUUCGCAGAGGCUCCUGGUCUAUAUCUAGCAGCUGACCAGCUCAAAAUCCUCGGUUUCCCUACAGUACUAGAAGCGUCCCUAGACCUCAUUGAUCGAUGUUGGGAUCUUGAUGACCAUCUACAGCAGUUUUUCGAGGAUUUUGCGGCUAAAAUUCCUGGUCCACUUUACACGCCGACCCUAGCGAAAGGCUUGGUUGCGGUAGACGACAAAGACUUACCCAAAUUGUUCCCAGUGGCAUUCCAAUUUUCCAAUCUACAAAUUUCAGGCGUAACUAUGUGGUACUGGAUAACUUCUCUGUUGCUUUGGUCUGGACUUUUUGCGCUCUACCGAGAGGUGGGUGAGGUGAUGGCUGGAAUGACACCCGAUUCGCCUUGCCCGUGUCUGUCAUGUGGCCAAAAGGCGGGCUCCUGCUCGAUCAAAGCUCGCCUCAUUAAUCUUCGGCAACUUGGAGAGCAAAGGAGAGACUAUCUUACACUUGCUUGGAAUGUAUGUCAGUCAUUUGAGUAUAGCACGCAGGAUUGUAUGCUCGGCCUGGGUCCUGCAUCGAUGGCGGCGCCGCUUAGUAUCGUUCUCGAACAAGUGAAAUCGCAUCCUGAUCGAGAUCGUGAAGUUGCCUGGAUAAAAGCUGCUCUCGACAUCGUCAGAAAACGCGGCAUGAAGUACUUAGGAUACCAAUGA